ACUGUAGAGUUUUGUGAUGGAUUUGCAAGGCCUGAAAAUAUUGGUUUGCCUGGCGCUCAUUCGACUCUACCACCACGUCUGGUUGUUCUUUAUGGAAGUCAAACUGGUUUAAGUCGGUCCGUUGCAGAACGCCUUGUAUCCCAAGCCUAUUAUUUAUUUUCUACAAAAUCUAACCCAGUGUCUUCAUUACCUAAGAACCAGAGUAUGAAUUUACUGGUUUCUCUCUGUCCUUUGGAUUCGUAUGCACCAAUGAACCGAUUGGCCAAAGAAUGUGAUCCGAUAGUUUUUGUGUGCUCCACAACGGGAUAUGGAGUGCCACCGGACAACAUGUGCCAAUUUUGGCGGCGCCUGAUGAGUCGAAAUCUUCCAAUCGGUCGGGCACUUUCAACUAAUCUAAGGUUUGCUGUUUUGGGUCUGGGUGAUUCAUCGUACCCGAAGUUCAAUAUUGUGGCAAAAAAGCUUUAUCGUCGACUUGUGCAGCUGGGAGCAAGUCCGUUGCCUAUUUUCUCACCAGUAGGCGAUAGUUCAGCGGAUUGCGGUCUUGGUCUCGCUGACGAACAAGCUGAGCUGGGCGUAAACAGCGUGAUGAACUGGUGGGUUCCUCAACUUUGGACUGUGCUUUCUGAUUACUGGCACCUCCCUUUUGUCGCUGACUGUGCACCCAUUCCACUGACUUAUUCAUUUCUGGAAAGUCCUCCGGUAUUGUCUAGUUUUUGGCCAACGUAUGAUGUGACUCUGGCCACGCCUGUUCCCACGUUUGCAUUCGACGGGGAUGCAGAUUUACUGACCUCUGACAGCAUCUCCUACAUAGCCGAUCGGGACUGUGAGUUCGCGUUUAAGGGUCAUCCUUUCCCACCGUCAUCUCAAUGGUUUCGUGUGCUUCGGAAUGAACGAAUUACGGCAGCUGGUCACUUCCAAGAUACGCGCUUGAUUUCGCUGUCAUCUUGUGAGUAUCUUCGCAGUCCUGUAACCAUUGGAUUGAUAUUUUAUAUGGAUGAUACGUAUGCUGUUUACUACGUAAAAAGUCGUUCAGCUGUAGCGCCCUUUCGAUGCCUGGCUGCCAUGCCACCCGAAGGUUGCACGAGGGCUGCGAUACUGCCAGGUUGCCCAAGCCUAGAUAGGGGAAGUCGAGAGUCAGAGGGCGGGUUUGAACCACGGACCUUCCGGCGUCGGCCAGCAUUUUUUUAUAUCUUUACAAACCUUAUU